AACAGUCGUCUCUAACUUCGAGCCACUGAAAACCGAAAUACUGAAAACAGUAUUUCGGUUUUGUUUCCCGGAUACUGGAGCGACUGUCGCGGGCUGUGAGAGUCGACAGUGAACAGACUGAACCUGGAGCUGUGUCACUGUGACAAGAUGAACUGUUUCCCCCUGGGUCUGUUCCUGAUGUCGCUGCUUGACUCUGUGCUCGGUUCCCUUGGUGCUCCAGUCAAUGUGACUGUCGACUCUGUCAACUUCCACCAUGUACUGCGCUGGGACCCUGCACCAGGCACCAAACCAGGAACAGAGUACAAUAUCUUCCAGAGGUUGCGGGGGAAGAAACAGAGAAAGGUUCUGAACUCAACAACAGCAUCAUUGAAGCUGAAACUACGCUAUGACAGGACGUAUUACCUGAGUGUCCAGGCAUCCUACAACCAAACCCUGUCUCCAGAGUCCCACAGCAUCUGCUUCACCCCGUACAAAGACACCAAAAUAGGUCCUCCAGAAGUGUCUCUGGCCGGUUGUGGAAACUGCAUCCAAAUGAACAUGUCCCUGCUGGAGCCCGACAGUAGAACAGGGAUCGAGGACAUCUACAAGUUCUAUGACGUUCAUUUCAUUGUUUGGUGGUGGAGGGAUGGAAAUCCAGAGCAUAAGAUGUCUCUGGAGACCCGAAACAAGAGUUUUACUCUUGAUAACCUACAGGAGGGCGUGAAGUACUGUGUACAGGUGAACACACAUAUCCGUGUGAAUGGAAACACUCAGCCCUCCACCUCAGAAUGCAUCCUUACGGGAAGUGUGGAGCACAGAGACCCCUUUGUUAUAGGUAUAGUUGCUGCUCUUCUGAUUAUAGUUCUGGGCCUCCUGAUGACCUCUGUGUUUUGCCUCCAGUACACUGGACUCAUUUGUAAAGUGAAGGCAACGUUGCCCAGAGCAAUAAUCAUGGCUCUGAACCAAGGCUACACCCUGACACCAAAGAGGACCAUCCCAGACUCAGUCUCCAUUAGCUCAGAGAAGGACAAACAGAGGAACCACACCAAUCCCAUAAUGCCACAUCCUAAUGAGGAUGAAGAUGAGGAGGAAGAGGAGGAGCUAAACGUCUACAUUGACAGAGACGCACAGCUUUCCUCAGGGGAAAGUUUGUCCUGGGGCUCUGGUAAUGUGCCGGUGAACAGCGAGCUAGGUGCACCAGGGGAUUGUGGGAGUCUGACAAAGACGUUGUCAGCUGAGGUGGAGGUACCAGACGCACAGCAUGAAGGUGGGAUCCCACAUCGGGGACUUGAUGAAGAUGAGACCAAAGCAAAGGUUUCUGUCAUGCCUGAGGAGAGUCAGACUGGAGUCCAGGGACAUGUCAUAGGUGAGAAAGAGGAGGAGGAGGAGGAGGAGAUGAAGGAGGAGGUGUUUGACAGCUCCGGCAACAUCAACCUAUUCUCAGUCACCCUUGCCGCACUGGAUGCGGGCGAGGAAGAGAAAGAGGAAGAGGAGCAGAAUACAAGAGACUCUCUGACAGACCUUCUGAGACUAGGUGAUCUGGAGGCUGGACAGCUCACAGUCCAACACACAGACUCACAAACCGAUUAUCAGAACACACAUGGUGCAGGCUACAUCAGAACCUGUGAGACACAACAUGAAGAGGAGGAGGAGGAGGAGGAGAAGAAGGAAAGAUUCUUUGGAUAUAUGGCACAUACAUGAUAUUUAGCUCUGAUGUGUGUUAACAAUUUUUUAUUAAUAACAACACAUUAUCUGACGACACUUUACAGGUCGGGUCAUGAUGUGUGUUGUGUGUUUGGGGACCAUUUCUUCACAGUGGGCCUUCCUUUUUUAUGAAGGAGAAAUCUUUGAUAUGGUUAAAGAGGUGGAUUUUGUUUUGGAGGUCUGACGAGGACAUAAUGCAUCAUUCCAUUUCCCCUGCAGUUACAACAGCACUGUAACCUUGUACACAUCAGUAGGUCCUGAAGGCAGCAAACUCAUCACAUCCUUGUCCUUGUAACCAUUUACAUUCAUGUUCAUCCAUAAUAAGAGCUUGCAUAUAUUGGACCUAUUGAUACAGAAAUGCCUGAAGAGUCAGACGAAAAUGCAAAAUGUAAAUGAAUCCACAUUUAAUACAGGCCUUUCACACAGCAGCCAUUUUGACUUGUCAUAGCAGGGGAAGUACAUGUAGGGUGAGGGGCAUUUUGACAUUGUGGGAAAUUAAGAAAAGACCUGUGUUACAACUCUAUACUUGACACUAUUUCUAACCUGGCUCUGAGUUUGUAAUGUCUACAUACUGAAACAUGUGAUGUUGAUGUAGAUAUAAGUCCCAGAAUGCUGUGCACAUCUGUAGGAAGUAGAAAUGGAGGCACCAUUCACAGGUGCAGAAUUACACUCCAAAGGCAGUUUGACUGGUUGGUGAACGUGUUGUAUAGUAUCCUGUAAAGUAUGUCGAUUUUAAUUAUGUAAGCAGUGUAAUAUAAUUACAGUACAUUCAUUGUGUAUGGAACACAGUAAAAUGAAGGACUUGACCUAGAGGAGUCUAACUUUAAAGCUCUGACAUCUACGUGCUGAGUACAUGACGCUGUCAUGACGUCAACAUUUCAUGUACAUCACUGACGUCUCAGUACAGCGCAGCUGGGCACACACACCGAGCAGCCUCUCGUGAUGACAGGCUCCUCUACUUCUCCUAGGUCAUGUGAUUUUCUGUCAACAACCUCCACUGAUGGUGCCUUCAGGAACCUCCAGACAAAUUAAAAUUUCGUCUACAGCCAAUUUGAAAGAGCAAAAACAGAACAAAAGAGCAAAGCAUAAGCAUGAUAGUUUUAGAGACACAAGCAUGAGAAAGCUGUUCAUUUUUUAUAUUUAUAUUUAUAUUUAUAUUUUAUAUUUGUAAUGUAACCAUCACAACAGACUGCUUUGUCGCACGUCCUCUUUUUUAGUUGUAUAUUUCAACAGUUAUUAUUUUUCAACAAAACACAUUAAUUACCCGCUCUUUACCGCCGGAUUUGUAAAAUAAAGUGGGUUCUAUUCUG